AUGAAGAAACGCCGCCUUAAUGACAAGAACCCAAUCCAUUUAUCGAUUGCAAUCAAUCAGCUUGCUAAGCUACGUAUGCUACAGUUUUACUAUGACUGCAUAGACUUCGAUCGCUUUGACUUUCAGUAUCAGGAGAUGGACACUGAUUCAGCUUAUAUCGCUUUCAGCUGUGAUCAACCGUUUCGAGACUGUAUGAAGCCUGAGCUACGAACCCACUUCAAGGAGUACAACAACAAUGAGAUAGCUGAGUUUGAUCGCCGUACUCCUGGUUUGUUCAAAGAUGAACGGUCAGGUGAUGCUAUGAUCUCACUAUCGAAUAAAGACUAUAUUUGCUAUCUACCCAACAAGUCUUACAAGGUAAAAGUUUCAGUGAAGGGUAUUCAGCAGGGAGGUGGUCGAAACAAUGGUGUUCUUAAUUCCGAUGGGUUUGAGACUGUUGUACGGGAGCGCAUCACGCUUCAAGGUAGAAACAAGGGGUUUAGAGUAUUGAAAGAAACCAAGUCCAUCAUCACCUAUACUCAAAACAAAACAGCGAUCAACUACGGCUAUGACAAACGUCGAGUGCUAGAUGAUGGUAUCACGACUGAACCACUUGAUAUUAAAGCAGACACAAUGUUUCCAAAUUUUACAUCGCUCGCUCAAAGAGAGCAAAAACGGCAGGAGCUUCUUGAACAAGUUCUGCGCCGCGUUCGACAAGCUAAAGCCAAGCGAGGGAUGUACGAAGGUGCUUCGUGGGCAAGUGAUAUCACGAAUGGGAUUGCUGCAGUCCCUAAGAAAUCAACCGAAUCAACUCAGACCGACUCAACCGAGUCUGCUGAGUCAUUAAAAAACAAUGAUUGA